CUUUGACAUUUUCAACCCUGUCUCUUUUGUUUCUUACGCUCCCGAUCGCUCUUCCUAUGCUAUUACGAUUGCCAACCAUGUGACAAGUUGGUUGUCUCAGCCGCUGACACGAUCUUUACAGCAAGCAAACAUCAAGAUGUCUAACCAAACCAUCUUGAGGAUAUCAAGAGAAAUCACUUCGAUUCAACAAGGUAGUGAUCUCUCAAUUGCUGUCGCUUGCCAGGAGAAAGAUGUUCGAACAGUCCAUGCCCUCAUAAUCGGCCCUCCAGGUACACCCUAUCAGUAUGGCUUCUUUGACUUUACCGUCGAUUUUACCCCCGAAUAUCCAAGCAAACCUCCCAAAGUCAAUGCAAAGACCACGAAUGGUGGCAGAACACGAUUCAAUCCGAACAUAUAUGCAGGUGGAAAGGUCUGUCUGUCUCUACUGGGUACCUGGCACGGUGAGAAACCGGGAGAAGAGUGGUCGUCUGCACAAGGCUUGGAGUCGAUCUUGUGGUCCAUCCAAAGUCUCUUAUCCAAUACCCCGUACGAGAACGAGCCAGGUUACGAGCAUGCCAAAGGUAAGGAGGAUCAGAAAAUGAAUGAGCUCUAUUGUGCAAAGAUUCGUCACGAAACACUUCGCAUCGCUGUGCUUGCCAAAUUAGAGGAUGCAUUGAACAUCCAGCCGGACGGCAGUGUACCUGACAGAUCCGACGCCAAUACCGAGGACAAAUCCACCGACGCAGAAGCGAACGAGGAAGCGUUUGAAGAAUUAACCGACGACGACGAGCCAGAAAGGGUGACGUUGCCUCCACGUUUUGAGCCGUACAAAGAUCUGUAUAAAAGACGCUUCAUGUGGUAUCUCGAUCACUACACUAAGACGAUUGCCACGUAUAGUUCUCAACACAAAGACGGCUCGGACUUCUGCAAGAUGCCCUUCGAAGGAGGUGGCAAUACAAUGGAUGGAAAGUUCAACUACUCGGCUCUAGGCAAGAGAUUGGUACGCAUACAAGAAGUACUCGCCGAUGAAACCAAGCAGUGGGCUAUCGACGGAAUGGCAUUAAAGCGUCGAGAGUCCCACAAGGCCGCUACCAUUCAACGUCAAUUCGAACAGGUGCCGGAUUACCUCAAGAGAAUGGACUGCCACAACGUCAGCAUUGAGUUGGAGAAUGACAACCCCUAUGUCUGGAUCCUCACGUACUUCGGGAAACCUGGGACGAAUCUGGAUGGUGGAAUCUUCAAGAUCCAAAUGGCUAUCAGUCCGCGAUUCCCGGAGGAACAACCUCGUGUUACAUUCGAGACAAGCAUCUUUCACCACAGAGUCUCCAAGAAGGGCACCGUGUGCUAUUUUCCAAAGGUGAUGGAAGAGUUGAGGAACCAUGUCUACGCAAUCGUAGAGUCCCUGGAGGAAGAUUGUCCUCCAUACGAUCCUCGAACCAUUGUUAAUCCGGAGGCAGCAGCACUGCUGUUCGGUUCCGCAGACGAGAAGAAAAGCUACUUUCGACAGCUCCGCAGGUCGGCGCAGCGCACAACUGAGGAGGUUGGAUAGGAGUCAUUCGACCAGCUUGUGGCCGUAAAUCAUAUCAUGACAGCAACACCCAGGACGAUUGAUUUGAGAGGCGGAUUUCAUGUCUAUCUUUUGAGCAAGGCGUUAUGGUAGCGACAAAAUUCAAUUGAAUCUGCUAGAGGACGAGAGCAGCAACCAAGGAGACGGUGCCAAUCAAACGGUGUAAGGUAGCAACCAUCAAUGGUUUUUCUUUUCUUCUAGGUAUCCAGCCAUAGCAGCUCAUCAAGUCGGUAUAGACGGUGGCUCAAACUGACUAUGAGAGGAU